UUGUAGAUGUACAAUAUUUUUCUCUUCUUAAACUAAAUGAAAAUAAAAGAGUUUUAGUGUUUAAAGUGUUAAAGUAUUUUCAAAGGCAUCUGUUAAAAAAAUAAUUUUAGACUGCCUACUCUACGAUUUGGAAGGUUUUUUUUUCUGAUUUUAGACACUUUGAAAAGCAAAAAUUUGUGAAUAAUGACAAACAUUUGUAUUGAAGAUAAUUAAAUAAUACAUUUGAACUCGAAGCAUUCAAAACAUCCUAGUGGUUGGUUGAACAAAACAAGUAAACAAAUUUCAAAGGAUAUGUGGAAUGUUGGUUUAUCAGAAUUCUCCCAAACGUUUCAAUGAAACAUAUUAAGACCUUCAAAUAAAAUUUUUGGAAAAAUCUUAAUUCUGUUCUUGUGGGGUGUAGAAAUACUAAAACAUGAGUGGUCGUGGGAGUCGUAAAAGAGGAAGACCGCCAAAGACUCCAAAUGAAAGAGCAGCUGGUAGCAAAUUCAAUUAUCAGCUUCUCAAAAAGCCAAAAUAUUUGAGCAAGAAUAGUGAUUCUCAAAGCACGCCGUCGGUUUCGCGGGCAUCGUCACCACAGGAAAGCGAUGGGAGUCGAAAUAACAAAAAAAAUGCAAACAGGAGUCGUGGCCGUGGAAGAAAAUCUAAUGCAACUACUUCAUAUUCCAAUAGAAAAAGUUACGAAUCCGAGUACCACUAUGGUUCUGAUUUUGGCGACUCAACAGACAAAAGCGAUGACGAGGAUAUUCUCAUGUCUCACUCUGAGGAAGAAAGCAUAGAUGGAGCAAAUGAAAGUGAGUCAGAAUUUUCAAUAUGCAGCUUUAAUCAAAGUGGAUUGGGAAGACCUCCACGACCUCCUAGUCCUGAUCCAGUAUGGUUACAAGAUCGAGAAUAUGAACCAUUAGUGCUGCCAGAAUCGUCUCACGAUUUGCCUAUAGAAGGUGUUAUGAUAAUGAAAGCUCUGGGAGUGUACGAAGUUCUGAGGAGAUUUCGACAUUUGGUGCGUCUGUCUCCUUUUCGGUUUGAAGAUUUUUGCGCCGCACUUGUUUGUGAUGAGCAGAGUGCUUUACUCACUGAUGUACACAUAAUGUUGCUCAAAGCAAUAUUGCGGGAAGAAGAUGCUCAAGGCACGCAUUUCAGUCCCUUAGACCAGAAAGACACAGUUAAUAUUAGUUUAUAUUUAAUUGACCCCAUUACAUGGCCGGAAGUUUUAAGAAGUUACGUUGAGAGCGAUGGACUUUUUGACCGUGCUAUAUUUAGCAUUUUAUCAAGUGGUGAAUACCCCUACACUGGUAUCGAAGAUCGAAUUCGAGUCUUGCAGUUCUUAACCGAUCAGUUUUUAACAACAAACGCAAUACGUGAUGUAAUGUUGCAAGAAGGUCCCAUUCAUUACGAUGACCAUUGUCGCGUAUGUCAUCGUUUGGGUGACUUACUAUGUUGUGAGACUUGCCCUGCAGUUUAUCAUUUGGAGUGUGUUGAACCGCCAAUGUUGGAUGUUCCUACCGAAGAUUGGCAGUGUGGCAUUUGCAAAGCGCACAAAGUGAGUGGCGUAGUGGAUUGUGUGCUGUCUCAUGAAAAGCAAGGUGUUUUAAUUCGGCAUAAUGUACUAGGGUUAGAUCGGCACGGUAGAAAGUUUUGGUUUAUAGCAAGAAGAAUUUUCGUGGAAGAUCAAACGGGAGAGCAAUUGUGGUACUACAGUACAGUUUCCAAGUUUGAAAUACUUUUAGGCCUUCUGGAUGGAGAGGAUUUGGAAGCCCAACUCUAUUCUCAACUAAUAGAAUUGAGAGAUGAAAUUAUAAGGCAAUUUAAAAUUACGGAGAUGCUUACAAAUGAGUACAAAAGUAAUAAAAAAUCCUAUAUUGAAAUGGAAAACAAGCUUCUAAAUAAGGAUUGUGAUAACACUGAAAACGAUGAAAGUAGCAAUGAUGUACCUAACGAUACUUCAAAGCUUUUUGCAGAGAGCAAAGUUAUCACAAGGCAAAAGUCAACACAAAUAGCUAGCGGCAAUCAGUAUUUUAAGCUUGGAAUGGAAAAUUCUUUCAAAACAUACGUUAAUCAGUAUACCUCGAAUCCAAUAGCAUUGAAUAAACCACAGCGAAAUGAGGAAAGAGAUAAGAGAAGGCAUUUAUCGCAUAAAUUUUCGCUUACAACCGCAUCGGAAUUUAAAUGGAUUGGUGUUACUAUGGGAACCGUGGAUAAUAUAAUAUCAACACUGCGCCAAACGCUGUUAUCCUUCGAGCAAAACAUAGCGUCUCCAUUCUUAAACCCUAAUUGGAGCUCUUUAAAAAAACUUUGGAGUUCUGCAGUAAUGUCAUGUCGAACGGCGUCUGAUUUUGCACAAGUUCUCCUCUUAUUUCAAGCUUCCAUUAAGAAUGUCGUUUUCGCCAAUGUAUGGCAUGAACAAUUGGGUCAUACGGCGCUAAUGCGUAUAACAGCUGCUGAACGCGAAGACCGUAAGAAAAUUGAAAAGCGCGAAAAAAGAGAAAGGGAUGACGAGGAAGAACGUUACCGUAUGGCUUUUAACUACAUAAAGUAUACGCUGGGCCUAAAACAUCAAGUGUGGAAGCAGAAGGGAGAAGAGUAUCGUGUACAUGGCCAGUGGGGAUGGAUGUGGCUAUCAUCAAGUCGCCGUUGUGGCCGAUUGCGUCGUUUGAGGAUUCGUGAUCAAGCCAUGCUACCGUACAAGAUAAAAGUCCACUACUCAAACGGGGAUGAAGUGAAUGAAAUUGUGACGGUUGAUCCGCGUACGUACAAAUUUAUGUUGCAAUGUGAACAUAAUUCUAAGCAAGGACAUGACUACUACUACAUGGAAAGUUAUAAAAAUGUGAAGGUACAUUCGAUUGAUAACUCACAGAUUGGUAUAAUAGAUGUGUCAAAAGCCCUUUCGACUCCUGGGAGACUUUUGUUCCCAAAGGUGGGUAGGAAGUCUUAUUUAGAUGACUUGCUGUCUCGACGCAUACAGCUUAAAGAAGCCGAGGAAUUAACUUCUCUAAAAGUUGAGGACAGUGCUGUUUGUGAUUCAAAAUCAUUAAUUGCUAAUAUCACCGGAAUUUCUGCAUCAAGCGUUUGUCAAACACAAUCUACGGCUCUCGAGAAAAGACUACUUCGUUUGGUGGAGUCACAAAAAAGUGGAAUUUCUCAGAAUAAUACAUCAGUCAAUUUGGACCUUGUCAAUUCCUUGGCCAAAAAAAUUCAAAGUGUGAGACUUCAGUUUAGUCAGCUUAAUCGAUUUGCAAAGCAGUACCGUUGCUACACUAAAGAGUGUAACACAAAUUCUAACGCUGUUUCUCAGAUAACGCAAAAUACUUGCUACUCCCCACUUUGUCUACAAAAAGCUCGAGCAAAAAAGGAGCUCUUGCUCCUACUUCGUAAAGCUCAUGCCGCGGGAAAAGGUUCUAAAGAAACUGUUGCAGCAAUACUAGGAGCUGUAAAGAAACCAUCCAUUCUUGAGCAAAAAUUAACUGAAGGGAAAAAGGAUUUAUCGUCUUCUUUAGAUGAAUAUGAUGAUCAAAAAGCGCUUGACGAUACACCAAUGGAUUUAAUAAGCGAUUGGGAGCAGGCUCGUAGUUCAGCAAUCCCCUACGAUGACAAAAGUUUGUUCGAAUGUUUUAUUAAUAUGGAUGAUACAAUGACUGACAAAAUAAAAUCCGAAAUUGAUAAUGUAGAUAACAGUUCUACUGUUUUUGGGGGCGAUGAGAAGAUUGAUUUCAUAGACAACAUGGAUGUUUGUAGUAAUGUAGAGAUAGAGAGCUCCGAAACUACAAAUGACGGAUCAUCGACAACAGUAGCAAAUAUUGGCUCCAUGGAUGAAUGUGUUGAUUACCAACAAGCAAAAAAGUGUAAAAAAGGUACUAAAGCAAGAAAUAAAGCGUACAUUGGUACCAAAGACGUACUUGACCAGACAUUGGUUAUGGAUGUUACACAAAAGAAACAAAAUCGUAGAUUUCCUAUUCUCCCGCGUAUUACAAAGCGAGAAGAGAUUAAGUUUGAAAAAGAGUUCUAUCCCAAUGGAAAAGAACGUAUUUAUGGGGCAACUUCUACAAGAGGUAAGGUGUACUUGCACCGUGACAUCACAAAACUUAAAAUCAAUGUAGAUCAAAGCGAUGGAAAAGAUGCAGUUUCGGCAAGGCAAACAAACAAUUCAGCAUAUUCUAAAUUUCCCCUCAUAUCGAGUUUCUUAACUCAUAAACAUAAAAAAAGUUUAUUCGUUUUACCGCGCUACGAACUAUUGCGCAUAUCCCGGGUUGGAGGGAAAGUUCCUGCUAAUGGUUUUCAUCAUCUGGCAAAAAAUAAUCAACUGGUGUGGCCAUAUCCUUGCUCCAGACCACUUUUUAAAACAUGUUGGUCGUUUAGAACGUCAAAUGUAACUACACUUUCAGCUGUAGCUCUACAGCUUAGAAUAUUAUGGUCAUGUUUACGGUGGGAUGAUAUGAUUGCAAAACCCCCAUCAGCAGAUGGCAAACACCAAAUGAAUACGGAAACAGAGAUAGUAACAUUAGAACUUCUUAGACUAAGAAAUUUUGGUAGAUAUGGUGAAAGAACACAGUACCUAAGACGAAAGAUUGUUAUACCAUUGGAAAUGCCGAAAACUAUUAGAGAAGUUACCUCUAUACGGUCCGGCUUACGAAAAAGGAAACGAGCGGAGUCACCUCAGCCGACGGAACCCCAAGUCUCGGAGGAAUGGGUAGAGGAAGACAAGUUGGAAUUAUGGGAGAUAAAAUUCAUUGGCGAAAAAAUGGAAAAGGCAAAAUUGAUGGCAACGACUCGAUCUAUAACUCAACAAAGACAAAAUGACUUGUCUUCGGGUAAUGGUGGACCUUUAAGCGCAAACGGGGGUCUCAACAAGAGCCUUGUUGUAAAUAAAACUACAAAUGAAGAAAUAAAGGAAAAAAGCGAUCAGCAGCUGAAAGUCCAAAGAAUUUCAAUUAAUUCACAAAAAAGGAUACCACAGGAACCCGUAUCAAGGCCAUCCACUGCACAAGCUAAAGGUCAAAUAAUUGGAAGCAGGCGCGUAAUUGUAAAAAAUCCUGAUGGUACAACAAGAAUAAUACAACAAGCCGUCUCCUCGCCUGUAUCUAGGACGAAUAGCGCUGUUAAUACAAAUGUAGCUUCUACAUCAACGGCUACCUCAACUACUAAUUAUGUUCAAAGUACAUCCACAACCAAUCAAACAUCUAACAGUUCUCUUAAUGUUACGCCUUCAUCACAGCCAAGUCCGCAGCAACAUAAAGUUCAGAUUAUACGAGGUCCUGAUGGCAAAGUUAGUGUACGAGGUCUUAGUCCCGGUCAACAAUUAAUUCAAAUGCCUGACGGGAAACUACAUGUUCUUACCACAACAAAUUCAUCUGCUGGUACAUCUACCGGCCAAACUACGUUAACAAAGAAAUUACCAGUAAAGGCAUCAGCAGUAGCUCAAGCAAGUAGUAGUCCGUCAAUGAUGAAGCAAGUAACCGUAAAACAAAUAUCGAAAAAUAAUCAAGGUACCGGAAUUCAUACUGUACAGAAGGUUAUAUCAACACCUAUAAGAACCACUACAAGUAAAUGUACUAAUCCAACGUUAAAUCAAAAUAAUUCAACGUCCCCGAUAGUUCAGGAGUCUAAUAUAUUGCAAUCUACUGGAGCAAACACAAGCAAAGUAAUAAACAGCAACAGUCAGGGAAUGCAACAAAUGAUAGUACAACCCGGCCAGAAAUUGCUGUUAGGUCAAAAUGCUCAGGGUCAGAAAGUUAUAAUUCAACCCUCACAGCAGCAAACUACCGCCGCUCCCCUAUCGAAUAUAUCACAGACUGUUCAAACACAAGGAACAAGUAACCCGGUUGUAAAUUCAAACACUAGUGGCGGAUGUCAGCUAAACUUAGAAACGCAUACAUCGCAAAAAGUCAUACAACAAAUAGUAAAUACAAGCAAUGUUCAGCAACAAAUUGUUGUAGGCGGCCAAAGAAUUAUACUCAGUCCAGGACAAACAAUUGUAACUCAACGAUCCGUACCGGCCCAAAAUGCUGCCGUUCAAGUAAUACAGCCUUCAACUCAGAAAAACAUAGCACAUCCACCUGGCAAUGUUGUACAAAACUCGGAAGGUACCGCCAAAAUUGUUAAGCAAUUGGUGGUUCAGCAUCACGGACCGCAGGCGUCUAAUUCCGUUGAAAAUCGUAACUCUCUAAAAACGUCCCAACAUACAAUAAGCACAAACUCUACUAAUACAACAACUUCGAGUAUAGCAAACAAUCAGCAACAAAUUAUUGUACAGAACUCGGCCUUAGCGCAACAAUUAGCGCAAGGAAAAUUACAGGUCGCAACAAUAAAUGGACAACAAGUAAUAAUAAAACCAUUGGGAAAUAAUAAAGCUCAAAUUGUAGCCCAUAUAAAAACACAAAGCGAUGGAAACUCACACAUUGUGACGAACACACCAAUGGAUAACCAAAUUUCUCCAACAAAGACUACACCACCACCAACGCAACAAAUCCAUGAAGAAACUCAACAACCUUUACCCCAAAUUAUAUCUCAACAACAAAACCAAACUUCGAACCAUUCAUUGUCCAUAGAAGAAAGUCUUUUGCAGGGGCAGCCUCCUGGUACUGUCAUUAAAUGCGUGACUGCUCAAGUGAUACAAACCGAUCAAGGACCUCGAAUAGUAUUGCAAGGUCUUGUUGGCAAUGACUUCACGCAACAACAACUGGCUUUAGUACAACAACAAGUUAAACAACAAUUAUUAAAAGCGCAAGAAUCUAGCGGCAAACAAGGAGUCCUUGGGCCAACGAAAAUAUAUUUAGCAGUGCAGCCCUCUAACGCUAGUGGUCAACCUCCACCGCUAACGCCAGUUCAUCAAACACAACAAACGACCUACAUAACAAAAACAAAAGCACCAAUCGAAAAAUGCAAUAAUGCUUCACAACAAAAAGUUUCCAGUAGCAACAAUAUCAACUAUAAUAGCCGUUUAAGUAAAGAAGCUAUCAAUUCUGGAAUAAUAAAUACUUCGGUAUCAACUACAGAAACAUCCGAUAUUAAGCUUGAUGUGACAUCUCAAUAUAUAGAUUUCUCUUCAGAUAUUCUGAGUCGAAGUGAUAAUUUUAUACGAAAUACAGAUAACAUUACUUUGGACCUUAAAAGUCUAAAUACAUCUGUCUCAAGUUCUUCUCAAACCAACGAUUCUAGCAAUCGAAAACUAAAGAAAAGUAAUGAAAAUGAUGGCCUGCGCGGUACUCCUCCCAUCAAAAAAAAUAAAAAAGAGAAUAAUAUGGAACCAGCUUUAAUUCCCAAAUUGGAAGGCGAAUACAAUUGUAACGCAACAAAAAAUGAUCUAAAUAGAACAAAUUUAUUGGAGACUUUGGAACGCCACAAAGACAAUCUAAAAAGCAACAUUCUAAAGAAACGAUCUUUACUUGAACGCAACCUACAAUUUCAAAUCAAAGACGAGAUGUCACAGAAAAUUAUUUUAAAUAAUUAUGAUAAUAAUGAUAACGUUAAUAACACACCUUUCAUAGAAAACAAGAAACAAGAGAAGCAGACUUCGCCAAAAUCGAUCGUAAAUAAUUCUAACAAUGGUCACAACUCCAAUACUAAAGGAAAAAAACUAGGUCGAAAAAAAGAAAAACUAUAUUGCAUUUGUCGCACUCCAUACGAUGAUACAAAAUUUUACGUGGGUUGCGAUAUAUGUAGUAAUUGGUUUCACGGUGAAUGUGUCCACAUUACUGAGGAGGAUUCAAAGAGGUUAUCGGAAUUUAUAUGCGAUGACUGCAAAAAAGCUAGAGACACCCAAGAACUUUACUGUCUGUGUAGGCAACCAUAUGAUGAGUCUCAAUUUUACAUUUGUUGUGAUAAAUGCCAGGACUGGUUCCAUGGUCGAUGUGUUGGUAUAGUCCAGAGUGAGGCCGAAUUCAUUGACGAAUAUGUCUGCCCAGCAUGUCAAAAAAACAAUUCAGUAAAUAUGGCGAAUAUGAAAAAUUUAACAGAACAUGAAAUUAUUGAGCUCAACAAAUUAAUCAAACAUGUUCAGGGUCAUAAAAGUGCUUGGCCAUUUAUGGAACCAGUUGAUCCAAAGGAGGCACCCGAUUACUACAAAGUUAUAAAAGAACCAAUGGAUUUAAAACAAAUUGAAGAAAAGCUAAACAAAGGCGCAUAUAACAAAUUAUCAGAAUUUAUUGGUGACAUGACAAAAAUAUUUGAUAACUGCCGUUAUUACAAUCCUAAAGAAUCAUCAUUUUACAAGUGCGCAGAGACAUUGGAAUCGUAUUUUGUCCAAAAGAUAAAAAAUUUUCGGGAAAUUGUAGUUAGUCAUCAGUCCUAAAUGUAUAUUUACGCAUAUUGUUUUCUUUGCUUCAAAAAUUACUGGUUUAAUGUAAUAGCAGUAAUAUAAAUUAAUGAGACGUGGUUUAUGAAAUAUUAUAUAUUUUUUGCGAAUAGGCGCAAUCUAUUUAGGAACAUCUACAUAUAUUUAGUUUUAAGGAAAAUUUUGUACAGACAAAUUAAGUUAAAUCACCACUAUUUGUAUGGUUUGUAUAUAUGCAUUUCUUAAUAAUAAAAAUUUAUUACUUAAGAUAGAAUACAGAAAAAAUAUAUUUGAAGCAGAAUGUUCUUUACCGUCUAUAAAGAAAUUAAA